AUGGCCGACGCAGAUGAAGAGGCCAUUCGUGCCACUACGACAGAGGCCCCUCAGAUCGAGACCGACCUGUCAGAUGAGACCCAGGACUUUCGCCUGUUGAACCACCUCAACUUCUUAUCCGACACAUCGUCCGCUAGUCUCCCCCGCCGCGGCGAAAAGGACUUCGAGCCCAACCCGACCGAAUUUCAAGCCGAUGUUCUCUCCGCCUCGCGUGGGGCGAUGCACAACGCGCUCGCCCACCCGCGCAUUCACCACCCCAAAACCCAGGUCAUUGGUAUCUAUGCGCCGGAUGGACCUACGCCUCCGCCACAGGGGCAAUACUUCAAGACAAUCGGCCAGGCAGAUCGGUGGAACCGCGUGUGGCUGCUCCCCGAAGAGGCGAUGUACUUGAUGGAACGAGGCAGUCUGGAUAUCAAAUGGCCGAGGGAACUUUCCGGCAUCAAUGCGGAUGAUAUUAAUGAGCCACUAAUCCCAAUGAGUUUACAGGCGGCGUAUGCAUGCCUGCUUGGCCGCAGUGGUCUGACGCUCGAGCGUUAUACCGUCUUUACUGGAUUGAGGCGGUUGGGAUAUGCUGUUGUCAGGGCGUCUGGUUGGGACGAUAAUGCCAACCCAGAGGAUUCGAAGAGCGAGAUCAAUAAGAAUGCUUAUACUAAGCCCCAACAACGUGGACCUGGCCUCGCUGGUAUUAUUGAGCGCUGUUUUGCCUGGCUGGAUGAUCCAUUCGGUACGAGUUCCACGGCGGCUGGUCCGAUCGUGGGAUGUGGUAUUCAUCGAAACUACGUCGACGUGUACCGCAAGCUUGCAACCAUACCUUGGUACGACCCGGCAAAAGCAGAGACAAGGGACCCACUCGACACAGAUGUUCCUUUCCGAAUUGUCUUCCAUGUUUACAAGCCCUCAACACCGAUCAAGAAAUCCGCCUGGCCAACUCCAGACUUCCGCAUUGCUGUGGUCAACACCCGAGAGCAGACUUCAAUCCCUACAUUAACGCAGAUCGGCGCGCUGCUGGAAAGCACGCCUCUGGACCCGCCUCGAGGCGAGAAGAUGGACCGGUUGAUGUAUAUGCGGCUGCGACACGGAUAUCGCAAUGUUGUUCUCGCAGUCGUCGACCAGGGCGUCACGAGUUUCCUGCGCGUUAGUGACGCUGCAUUCGGAAAGGAGAAGCUUUACGAGAACAAGGGUCUUCCGACCGGUCCGAAACGCAGUGGAAACUUCCGGCCGAAGAAAAGGUGA